CUCUCGUUCGAACAUCAAAAACACACUCUUCCCGUAAAAGUCUCUCUCUCUAUCGCAGAUAGGUGCUUUGUCUCCUUCUUCGAUAACUCCGAUCACCUAAAAAAAAUCUUUCCUUUUGUUCAAAGCAUUCCUCUUUUGAUUAAAGGCAACACAUAGCUUAGUUCCUACAUUAAUCCCUCGCAAAAAAGAUUUCAGAUUUCGAGGUUUUCUUGCAAUUUUUACGAGUUUCAGAUCUGGGAUUCAAUAAUUAGGGCUUUUGAUUCUGCAUUGUCAAUGACGAAUUCGGGUUUCAAUGUAAAGAUUUGAGUAUAAAGUUUCGAUCUUUGGAUUUUGACUUGGGAGGUUUCGAUUGGUUUGGGUUAGAACAAGAUUGGGGAAAAGGAAAAAAACUUGUGGGUCUUGUGGCAAUGAUGUGAUUUUAGCAUAAAGUUGUUUGCUUUUUGAGAAGAAGAUGGGAUCUGGCCGGAGCAAAUCAUGUCGAGGCUCGUCGUUGUCGCCUGUGGCAAGAGGAGAUGAUGUCGACGUGGCUCAACCUCCUCCGUCGUCUUCUAGUGGUGGUGGUGGAAGGAGGAGAAGGUCAAAGAGUCUUUUUUGUGGUCUUCACUCUUCAUGCCUUGCUUCAUCUUCUACUUCUCAUGAAAGUGACGAUGAUAAUAAUGAUGAACAGGUGUGUAAUGGGUGGAUGAGAAAGGGUCAUGGAAGUGUUUCACGGCGUAGAAUGGAAUCAAGGAAUCAAAGAGAUGAUUCAGAUUGUUAUGAUAAAGAAUUGAAAGAUGAGAAGAAAUCUGAAAACGAGAGACAUUGUGAUGAGCUUGAGCUUGAUGAUGAUGACUGUGGUGUUGAAGAAGAAGAAGAGGCAGCUAUUGUAAGCAAUGUACAGAUGAGAAAUGUUAGUGGUUCGAUUCAAGAAUCUUCUACUCCAGGUCGUGUUUUUUCGCAUUUCAAAUUCAUUCCUGGUAACAUAAGCUCUAGACUUAGUAGAGCUUCAAGCUCAAGAUCCUUCAACACUACUUAUCCGGUUUCCUCGUCUCGUCGAGAAGAAGGUGUUACUUCACCUUCAGAAUCUGCUAUUAGGCUACUUGAUAGAAUCGAGUCUCCGAGGAUUCCUGUGAUUGACAAUGUAGGUAGAGAUAUUGAUGCCAUGAGAUUUGGGGAAGAUGGUAGCUUACGUUCUCCGAGAAUAGUUAAUGGUCUAGACAGUACUUAUGCUGGAAUUCUUGAUAGAAGACAUGUUGUUCGAUUACCUUCCAUUGAGCGAAAUGUUCGAUUUAGUAGAACUCUGAGCGUUGGAAGACUCCGUGACAGAGUUCUUCGCCGAUCUUCACUCUCUGAUUUCACAUUCCGUGCUACGCCACAUCAGGGAGAAGAAGAUACUGAUCUCUUCUCUACUGAAACCGCGGCAGCAGAGGAUACUCCUGUAACUUCAACGUCUAUACUAAACCGUUCCGCUUCUAGCAUUCGAAGGACCUUAUUCGGCAUUCAAGAUCACGAGACCCCAGCUCCUCUUGCGAGAGAAGGGAGGUAUCAAGGUUUAUUAGAACACAGAUCAGAUUUCCUUGAAAGGAGGAGGAGAAUAAGAUCACAGGUUCGGGCUCUUCAAAGAUUAGGAAGCCGGUUUGAAAAUGUCACAGGCCAUGAUAGAUCUUGUGUCUUAUCAGGUCAAGAUCAACCAGGUCGUUGCACAUGUCGUGCGGUUACUAACCGUGGUUCCACAGCAGCAACAACUGAUGAAACAAAUGCAAGAGCUAGCAUUUCAAGGAUAGUAUUGCUAGCUGAAGCUCUGUUCGAGGUACUUGAUGAAAUUCAUCAGCAGUCUGUUGUCUUAUCCUCUCAACAACCAUCAGUAUCAUCUAUAGGAUCCGUCCCUGCACCUAACGAUGUUGUGGACUUAUUACCGACAAAACUUUACACCAAGUCACAAAGCGAGGAUUCGUCACAAUGUUACAUAUGCCUUGUGGAGUAUGAAGAAGCAGACACUAUAAGGACACUUCCUUGUCGUCAUGAAUUCCACAAAACCUGUGUGGAUAAAUGGCUCAAGGAGAUUCAUAGAGUAUGCCCGCUAUGUCGAGGAGAUAUAUGUAGACAUGAUACAUCUUCUGAACAGCAUUGAAUACAGUCUUACAUACAUAUGAUGCUCAAAGAUUAUGAUUCUACUAGAGACCAAGAACAAUCAUGGGUUUUUGUCUGCAGCUGAAUCAAAAUGUUGUGUUUUUGCUUGUUGUUUGUAGCUUACACUGGAAAAACAAAAUUCACAUUUUAAAACAUGUAAACCAAAUUGAUCCAAAGAUGUAAUCUCAGUAAAUCCAUUGAUUGUUAUGAGUUUGAUGAACA